AUGGAGCCCCCCUCAGCCCUUCCCCCAACGCGUGUCCCCUGGCAGGGGCUCCUGCUUACAGCCUCACUGCUAACCAUCUGGAACAUGCCCACUGCCAGCGCGGAGCCCACUGUUGAGUCGGUGCCACCUGCUGUUCUUGAAGGGAAGAACGUACUUCUGCUCGCUCACGACCUGCCAGACAGCCUGUUAGCCUAUCAGUGGUUCAAAGGAAACCGGCCAAUGGACAAAGAUCUAAUUAUAACGUAUGAAAUAAAAUCUCAAGAAACUAAACAAGGAAAGCUAUACAGUGGGCGAGAGACACUAUACCCUAAUGGAUCCUUGGCAUUACAGAAUGUCACCUUGAAACAAUCUGGACUCUACACCAUAAAUAUCCGUUCUGCAGAUGACCAAAAAUCAGCAUUUAUCGAAGUCUCUGUGUACCCUCUGUUAAGCAAACCCUCUGUAAGAAGCAACAGGAACACUGCUGUGGAGGGUCAAGACGCUGUUGAGUUAACUUGCGAACCUUCCUUCCGGAAAACAACCUACCUGUGGUUUCUAAACGGUAAGAUGCUUCACGGCGAUGAGGGCGUCAUCCUGUCUCGGGGUAAUGCAACCCUCACUUUGCUCAAGGUCUCUAGGCAUUUCGGAGGACGCUAUGAGUGUGAAGUUAAGAACCCAAUGAGUGCCUUCCAUAGUGACCCGUUCACUUUGGAUGUUUACUAUGGCCCAGAUACCCCCGAGAUAUUUCCCCCACACAAAUACUUUGAGGAAGGCCAGAGCAUGUGGCUCUCCUGCCAAACAGUGUCUCACCCCAAAGCACACUAUUCCUGGAAUGUCAAUGGAGAACCCUGGAAUUCUAGACAAGAGAUAUCUAUCCACCAGGUCAGCAUAAGUAAUAACGGACUGUAUACCUGCCUCGUCAAUAACCCAGCAACUGGCCGCAAUAAUUCCAAAGUCAAAGAAGUUGUAAUAGUUGAGAAAUUGCCAAAGCCCCAUAUCCAAGUCACAAACGAAACAGUCUUAGAACACCAUUUGGUGGACCUGACCUGUGUAUCGGAAAACACUACCGGAGUUUCCAUCUGGUGGACAUUCAACAAUCAGAAGCUGAAGGCCACAGACAGGGUGUCGUUCUCCUGGAACAACAGAAGGCUCACCAUAGACCCAGUCACAAAGGAGGAUGCUGGGACAUACCAGUGUGGGGUCUCCAACCCCCUCGACACCAGGCAGAGCGACCCAGUCAAGCUGGCUGUUCUCUAUCGACCGUCACAACGGUCCCGGUUCUCACCCCUGCUUUUGGCUGGCUUGGCUGCUGAAAUCCUGGCAGGAAUGGCGAUCCUAGGAGGCCUGACGUAUUUCGCGUUUUUCAAGAAGCUUGACAAGGCAAGAAGUAACAGCAUUCUCAGUGAGGACACGCCAACACUGUCCACCCAAGCGGUCAUGCGCUGCGCGUCUCGGAUCUCCGCCCUCGGCAUGGCUACCGCCGCCUCCUUCAGCCACACAUCACAUGCGUUAGAGCAGCGUCGCCUGCCUUUCCACGCUCUGGUGACUCUUCGUUCGCUUCCUUCCGCAGGCCGCAGGCCCCACGACAACUCUCCUCACGAGGCAAGUGUUGCCCUCGCUCUGCCUGUUUCCCCUCAGAGGGCUCUGCAGGCCCCGGGGACUCGGACCAUAGCUGUGGCGUCAAGGGCGCGUCCUUAG